AUGGCGCCGCUGAAGAACCGCUCCAGCACUUGGCUCUGGGCGGUGCUUGGCUUCCUUGCCCUGCGAGGGGCCGUUCUUGCCUGGCUUGGGCCCUCGACUUCUACAACUCCGAAAACCCUGCGGCGGGCAGCGCCAGCCGUGGCAGAGCUGGAUCUUGACGUGAGUGCCACUGUGGAGAUGCCCGAGUCUUUGGCCGAGAUUCAGGAGGAAAGAGCCCUGGCAGCUGUCGCGAGAUAUCGUCGCGUGGAGCUGAAGGUGCCCAGCUGGGUGUCGGAGGGGCCAAUCGGCGCAGCCUUCAUCGGGCCCAGCGAAGAAGCACGGAGGAAAGCAAUCGCGGAGGGACGAACGCCGCUGUUGCUACUUCACGGCUUCGACUCUUCCUCGCUGGAGUUUCGGCGUCUUUUGCCGCUACUCGAGGACGCCGGCAUGGAGGUUUACCUGCUGGACCUCCUCGGCUGGGGCUUCGGGGGCAUUGACGGCGUGAAGGAUUUUUCUCCUGCUGCCAAGCGCGAGCACAUUUUCGCCUUUUGGGACCAGGUCCUCCAACGUCGUCCAGUCGCUCUCGGGGGUGGAUCGCUUGGUGGAGGCAUCGCUAUGGAUUUCUGCGUUGCGCACCCCGAGGCCGUCGAGAAGAUGAUUCUGAUGAAUCCGCAGGGCUUCAUCGAUGGAGCACCCGAGGUGGGCCCGCUUGGAGGCAUUGGCAUUAAAGUGCUGGGCUCGUGGCCUCUGCGCUGGAUGGCCAACCAGAUGGGUUACUUCGACAAGGAGUCGUAUGCCACAGAUGACGCAGUCCGGAUUGGGCGCUUACACGUCGACGUGGAGGGCUGGGAAGAGGCCAGUCUGAACUACCUCAACUCUGGUGGCUACACAUUGUCGCCCUUGGUGUCGCAGGUUCACGCACCGACUCUCAUGCUCUGGGGAGAGAAGGAUGAGAUCCUGAACGUCGACGAGCAGGUACCACGCUUCAUGGAGGAGUUGCGAUGUCCGGUGAAGAUGGAGUGGAUCCGAGACAGCGGUCAUGUGCCCCACCUCGAGAAGCCCGCCGAGACGGCGCAGGCGAUCGUAGAUUUCCUCGAGGAGAAGAGUUGA